GACUGCAGAGCGCUAUUGGACACAGACAGUGGCUCCACUCAUUCAACUUUGAAUAAGGAAACUCAUAUUGACAGCAAGCAGUUACAGAUAUACAGAAAAUUUGCUGCAUUGUGAGUGUGACACAGUAGAAAGUUGCCCAGAGCUGGUGGAAGUGGAUUGAAUGGACUAUGCACUGUGAACUCAGCAUGAUUACUGCGUCUGCACAGCUCUGUUUGCUGGUAUGUUUAACUCUGACUGCAGGCUUGACUUUGGGUUUGGGGUCAAAUCAAGAUGUGGAAUUCACCUUUCUACUACCCGCUGGCAGUACAGAGUGCUUCUACCAAACUACCGCAAGGAAUGACAGCAUGGAAGUUGAAUACCAGGUGAUAGCAGGGUCAAGUCUGGCUGUUGGGUUUGUCCUCAUCUCACCCAGCGGAUACCAGCUGGUUUCUGACCACAGGAGUUCAGAGGGCAUCCACACGGUGGAACCCACAGAGGAUGGAGACUACCGGCUGUGUUUUGACAACAGCUUCAGCAAGCUGUCAGAGAAGAUGGUGUUCUUUGAGGUGAUCAUUAAUAGUCAGAGCGGCACAGGUGGAGGCCAGGAGGAGUGGGCGGACAUUGCUAUGACAGAGAGCAUGGUGGAGUACAAACUGGACGACAUCAGGGCAAGUAUAGAUUCUGUGCAUCGGCACCUGGAGAAAAGCCGUCAGGUCCAGGCUGUGCUGCGGGCCUUUGAGGCGAGGGACCGCUACCUUCUGGAGGACAACCUGUGGCGAGUGUCCUUCUGGUCCUGCCUAAACCUGUUUGUCAUGCUCACUGUUGCCGUCACCCAGGUUUACAUGUUAAGAUGCUUUUUUGACACUAAGCGGGUCAGAACAUAGCAAUUAUUGUAUCAUCUUCAGCCAUCACAGUGCAGAACCUGAAAGGCCUCACAUAUUAAACAGAAAACAAUCCACUGACGUGUGCUUUGUGAGCUGAAUUUAAACAGAUGCUUCACAGUUUUUUUGAAAAAACUAGUUCUUGCACUCUUUUUGCUUUUUUCCUCUAUUGCAGCCAAAAACCGCUUGAUUUGAUAUUUUGUGAAUUCCACUUUCUGCUUCAUAUCAACCCCUAAAAUCACAUUUACAUUACUGUAACAAGUGCAUACAGACACACAUUGUAUAUACAUAAUUAUGUACAAAACACUUGCACUAUUCGUAAUAAUGUAAUUAUGGAAGGUAGGAAGCCACAGAUGUUUUCUCUCGAAUGUUGGUUUAUUGAAUUUCAUGACACUCAUUUAUAAAACUCUAGGCUAUGUUUUAUCAAAUCAGCAGCCAAGCAAACCAAAAUAAGAUUCCUUUGCUGAGCUACAGACUGUUUAAAAAAACAAUCACAUUUAAAAUAUUUACUGUGACAAAAACACACAUAUUUGCACAAAAAUAAUCUCCCUGAUGGAUUUCUCCAUUUGGAGGUUAAAUAGGCCAAAAACAACAAUGUCAUGCGAAUGGCUAAGUUAGUUAUGGCUAAGACAUUACUGCAGUUUUUUUGCCAUUAAUUGAAUGCAUCACACUUGAUUCGUGCAGCUGCACUUUGUUGUACAAACACAAUAUGCAGUAGAAAAAAGCACAAUCCAAUCACUACCAUCGUGCUUUCAACCAUCAUUAACAUUUUCUGUCAUAAAUUAUUUCCAGUGGAGGUUUUUUUCUUUGUAAUUACCCAACAGAAACAUGUCAAAAUGCAAAUAAAGAAAAUCUCCUUUUGUGUCUUAAA